UCUUCCUCUAAACGCUGGCACUUCUGGGCACCGCCACUAGCUCGAGCGGGUUCUCGGGACUUUCCGCGCACGCCCUCGGACCCGCCUUUCUUCUCUCCCCACCGAGACUCCUGUAAAGCGAGGACGCCGAGCGUCCCAGGCUAGGACCAGCCUCUGGACGGCGCACUCUCGAUGGCUGCUCAAGCCUGGCUGGCGGCCGCCCUGCUGCUGCUGGUGGACUGGCUACUGCUGCGGCCCGGGCUCCCGGGAAUCUUCUCCCUUUUGGUUCCCGAGGUGCCGCUGCUCCGGGUCUGGGCGGUGGGCCUGAGCCGCUGGGCUAUCCUGGGACUAGGGGUCCACGGGGUCCUCGGGUUCACCGCGGGAGCCCAUGGCUGGCUGGGUGCUUUGCAGCCGCUAGCGGCAGCGCUGGGUCUGGCCCUGCCUGGACUUGCCUUGUUCAGAGAGCUGGUCGCCUGGGGAGAACUCCGGGCAGGUGACAGCGCUGGAUUACUACACUGGAACAGUCGUCCAGAUGCCUUCGCUAUCAGUUAUGUGGCAGCCUUGCCCGCAGCCGCCCUGUGGCACAAGUUGGACAGCCUCUGGGCGCCCAGCGGCCACAGGGGCGCUGGGCACAUGCUGUGUCGGAUGCUGGGCUACUUGGGCUCCAAGAAGCAGUGUCUCUACCUGGUUCUGGUUCUCUUGAUCCUCUCCUGCCUUGGUAAGGGAGACUCGGGGCGAAAGAGCAGGCCACAGGGGUCAGGGCAGGAUUCCAGGGUAAUGGGCAGAAAGGAAGAGUCAAGGCCAGCGGCAGGGAACAGACAGGAGUCACAGUAUCUGAGUUCCUGCACCCCCAGUCUCUUACUCCCCUCAGGAUGCCCCCUCCCGACAUACCCACCCUGGCACCUGACUGUCAGCUCCUCUUGUCUCUAUAACCCACAUGCUCACUGUCUCUCGUUGUCAAUAUGGGCAGGUUCCAUCACAUCUCGGGUGACGGACGACACAGCCAACGUGUGCGAGUCCAUUAGUGACAAGCUGAGCUUGCUGAUGUGGUACCUGGGGCGAGCCCUGUGUCUCCUGGCCUUCAUGUUUUGGGGUUCAUCGUACCUCACUCUGGUCACCCUGAUCACACUGCCCCUGCUUUUUGUUUUGCCCAAGAAGCUGGGGAAAGUGCACCAGUCACUGGCAGUGAAGGUGCAGACAUCUCUAGCGAAGUCCACACAGGUGGCCCUGGAGGCCCUGUCGGCGAUGCCUACCGUACGGAGCUUUGCUAAUGAGGAGGGAGAGGCCCAGAAGUUCAGGCAGAAGUUGGAAGAAAUGAAGACGCUAAACAAGAAGGAGGCCGUGGCUUACGUCGCUGAGGUCUGGACCACGAGUGUCUCAGGGAUGCUGCUGAAGGUGGGAAUUCUGUACCUGGGCGGGCAGCUGGUGAUCAGAGGGGCUGUCAGCAGCGGGAACCUUGUCUCCUUCGUUCUCUACCAGCUUCAGUUCACUAAUGCUGUUCAGGUCCUGCUCUCCAUCUACCCAUCCAUGCAGAAGGCUGUGGGCUCCUCCAAGAAAAUAUUCGAAUACUUGGACCAGAAGCCUUGCUCUCCACUCAGUGGCUCGUUGGCACCCUUAAAUCCAAAGGCUUUUACUGUGUGCUUCUCUGGCCUCCAGGGGCUGACAUUUAUGCUGCAUCCUGGAAAGGUGACAGCGUUGGUGGGACCCAAUGGAUCAGGGAAGAGCACCGUGGCCGCCCUGCUGCAGAACCUGUAUCAGCCCAGCGGGGGCCAGCUGCUGCUGGAUGGCCAGCCCCUGGCUGAAUAUGAUCACCACUACUUGCAUGCUCAGGUGGCCGCAGUGGGACAAGAGCCGCUGCUAUUUGGAAGAAGUUUUCGAGAAAAUAUCGCCUAUGGGCUGAACCGGACUCCGACCAUGGAGGAAGUCAAAGCUGUGGCCAUGGAGUCUGGAGCCCACGAUUUCAUCUCUGGAUUCCCUCAGGGCUAUGACACAGAGGUAGGUGAGACUGGGAACCAGCUGUCAGGAGGUCAGCGACAAGCGGUGGCCUUGGCCCGCGCCUUGAUCCGGAAUCCACGCCUGCUUAUCUUGGACGAUGCCACCAGUGCCCUGGAUGCUGGUAACCAGCUACGGGUCCAGAGGCUCCUGUAUGAGAGCCCCAAGCGGGCUUCUCGGACGGUUCUUCUUAUCACCCAGCAGCUCAGCCUGGCGGAGCAGGCCCACCACAUCCUCUUUCUCAAGGAAGGCUCUGUCUGCGAGCAGGGCACCCACCUGCAGCUCAUGGAGAGAGGAGGGUGCUACUGGGCUAUGGUGAAGGCUCCUGUGGCUCCUCCUUCAGACUGAAGGGGCCUCUGGGCUGCACACUGCUUGCUGCCCGCCUCCUCUCCCCUGCUCUGUGUGGCAGAGAACCUGGGAGCAAAGAUAGUAUUACCACAGCCACGGAGGUAGCUGAGGAGUGGAGGUGCUUGUUGCUUACCCGAGAAAAUGCAACCUCUAGGAGAUGCCGGGAAUUUACCAGGAAUCUUCCCCUGACCCGCUCCCUAUUAGACGGGGGGGUUUCAGGUACCCCAGGCUAACACUCAACUGCUAAAUCUCCUGUCUCCACUCUCCUGGUGCUGAGCUCCUAUCAAGGCAUGCACACACAAACCUGGUUUAUGUGGCGUUGGGACAGAAUGAGAAGAAACGCCCAAAAGGUGCAGAGAGAAAGAACAAGCACCUUUCAGUUAGCCAAAGCCUGGCCUCUAGGUGUUCUGUGGGUUCUUGAUAUUUAUAAUAAAGCUGGUGUUUUGUACUGUG